AUGAGUGACUCAGGUGACUGGUGUUUGAUCGAAAGCGAUCCUGGGGUGUUUAAUGAGCUUAUGAAGGGGUUUGGUGUUGAGGGACUUGAAACUAUUGAAAUCUAUGAUCUUAGCGACAUCUCAAGCUUCGAUGAUGCCCUUGGUUUUAUUUUUUUAUUUAAGUGGGAAGGGACCAUUGAACAGUCUGGUCAACCCGUUGAGGGUGAUGCUCUGAAAUCAAUAUUCUUUGCAGAGCAAAUUAUAAGGAAUGCUUGCGCGACCCAAGCAAUUAUUAAUAUUAUCCUUAAUUUACCGACAACACGAUUUAAGCUGGGUGACACCUUAUCUGGAUUUAAGUCGUUUGUUUCUGAAUUCGACAGCAAGAUGAAAGGAACAGCCCUCGCCAAUUGUGACAAAUUACGUACAACUCACAAUAGUUUCAGCAAUCCGCAGGUUUUUGAAAUCGAUAAUAAAGGUGCAACCGGCGGUGAAGAUGCUUAUCAUUUUGUUGGAUACGUCCCAAUUAAUGGUGCGGUUUAUGAAUUAGAUGGUCUUAAACCUUCCCCCAUUCUACAUGGUUCAGUGCCAGAAGGCUCCUCAUGGAUUGACGUUAUAAAGCCCGUCAUUUCAAAAAGAAUGAAUUCCUGCAUCGAUGGGAAAUUCAACCUAAUGGCUAUUGUUCCUGAUCGUCUGCAACUCUACCAGACUCAGUUGGCUGAGAUUUUGUCAGCACCUUCUCCUGACGCCGAAAUGGUCAAACAACUGCAGCGCAACAUUGAAAUUGAGAAAUUGAAGUUUGCUUCUCAGCGUACCGAGAAUAUUCGGCGUCGUCAUAACUACUUACCACUCCUUAUGGAGGUUUUUAAAGUCUUGGCAGAAAACGGGCGCCUCAGUGAAGUUGUACGGAAGGCCAAAGACAAAUCCAAGGAUCUUCGCGAUCGGAAUUUAAUUAAAACAUAA